GGCCAAAUAGGAGGUGUAUGUCGGACUCUGGUGUAUGAUUGAUUACAAAUAUUAUUUUUGUUUCAUGAAUGAACCAAUCGCCAACAGGUUCAGGCCAGUUAGUGGAAAGAUUUGUACAACUAGGCGUAAUUGUUAUUACUGUGAAUCUAAUUGGAAAGUAAUUUUGCUUGAAGAAUAAAGGAUUUCGCUCAGUCGGUCGUUGAUUGCCAUAAAAUGGAAUUGUUUCGCAGUGAUCGAUUGGAAAAGAUUGGAUUACCUAGAUUUUCGAGUGCCGUGUUGCCUUAUAUAAGCCUAAGUGUGCAGUAAAAACCCACUGAAAGGGGAAUGUAGAAAAAGGGAACAGCGCGGAAAGAAAAAUAAGGUUUAAAGGCUUCUAGAAGAAGUAUAUUAUAAAUCAUAGGCUCUAGCAGAAAGAAAUGAAAAUAAAUAAGAAAUUGUGGUGGAUCUCGCGCAAGGGAUAAGGAAAAGUGAACGAUAGGAAGAAGUGGUCUCGGUGGGCUACAGCAAAACAACACACCUAUACAUGAGCAGAAGCGAGUAGUGAAGAGUCGAGGAAGCCCGAAGAAAUCGUGACGAAAAAAACAAGCCAAUAGAAUACAAAAUCUGAGAGCUGAGAAGGUGUAGAAGUGGAAUGAUUCCUCAUACUUUGAAACAAAGCUCAUAAGACUAUCGUAGCAGAAGAACAUAGCCAAACGAGGAAUCAACUAACCGAUAAUUACAACCAGUGUGAAGUGUCUUGAAAAUACAAAACAAAACAAAAUAAGGAAAAGAGGCGAUAAAAAAAAUUUGAUUAAAAUUUAUACUCUCCUUUUUGUGUACUGCUUAAUUGGUCACUUGUGGAGAGCGCUGAGUUCAAAAUUUGCAACCACCUUCUCGCUGGUGUCUUGUUAUUCUCCUGAAUUUUUGUUGUUAUUCAUCGUCUGCUGCGCGCACAUUCGGCAAACUCGUGUAGUACUGCUCACACAACACAACAAUUAAGCGUUCAUAAAUUAGAUCGCCCCGAAAAUGGCCACCCUGGGCCUCUCGAAGGUGUUUAUACUGGACAAGUAUUUUACCGAGUUGCAGAAGUUUUGGGAAACCGAGAAGAAGUUGCAAGAUGCAUCAUCCUCAAACGAAGCAGUCCACCUACAGCAGAAACUGAAAAGCCUGAGCACCGAACUGGUCACACUAAGAAGUCGCCUUCACACCGGCGGUCAAACGACACCAGCGGCAGGACCGAACGGGGCCGUAGCCGUCACCAAUCCAGUCGUUACACCAGCCGCAACGCCAAAUACAAAUCCCCAAACGCUUGGUGGUCACGGAACGACGGCCACCGCUGCUGUUGCUCCAACCACCGGUGCUGGAACCGGAGGAGGUCUUUCAGCAACGACCGUUGGUGCAAACGGGAUCAGCAUUCUGUCACACCUGAACGCUGCCAACAGUGCCAGCUGCAAUAGCAACACCACCAACAGCAAGAGUCACAUGAUACUGGCCGCAGCACAGUGUAUACCUCCAGCCAGCAGCACAUUGAACCAUCCGGGCAAUGUCAUACCACUAGUUUCGCCGAGAAAUACCUCGAUACCCUACCCGUUACCGCAUCACAACAGCACCGGAACGAUACUUGUUGCAGACACAGCUCAAUGCGGCGGUGGUGGAGGUGGCGGUAUGACGGGCGGCGGGACGUUGCCACGGAGGACAACAGUUGGUUUCAACGCCAAAGGCCAGAACCUGCAUGGUGCCAGCGCAGGCCUAGCCGGAAUGCUUCUAAACUCUACCGGAGGAACAACAACUGGGCCAGGGGGUGGUACCAUGGUCGUAGGUACUCACACUUACCACCAUUCGACGGGUGGUCGAUCCGGAAACGGUGCUGGUGGUGCAUCCAACGGCAUCGGGACGGUUGAUAAGACAGCUAAAUUGGAAGACCUGAUACAUCUUCCAGGACCACUAACGGAAGACGCUGUAAUGCGAACGUUGCAAACCAGAUUCAACGAGGGGAAAUUCUUCACCAACGUUGGUCCUAUCCUGCUCGCCGUCAAUCCUUAUCAUGACGUAGGAAAUCCGCUAACACUGUCAUCGACUCGUUCAGUUCCCUUGGCACCUCAGCUCCGCAAAAUCGUACAAGAAGCCGUCAGGCAACAGGCCGAAACUGGCUACCCCCAAGCAAUCAUUUUGUCAGGAACAUCCGGUUCGGGCAAAACGCACUGCUCGAUGUUACUCCUUCGACAGCUAUUCGCCGUGGCCGGUGGAGGACCAGAAACCGACGCUUUCAAACAUUUAGCUGCAGCCUUCACCGUAUUACGAUCACUGGGAUCCGCUAAAACGUCUACCAACUCCGAGUCAAGCAGAAUUGGUCAAUUUAUCGAAGUUCAAGUAACAGACGGAGCUCUCUAUCGAACCAAGAUUCACUGUUACUUUUUGGAUCAGACACGUGUCAUACGGCCGCUACCGAACGAGAAAAACUAUCACAUUUUCUACCAAAUGUUGGCAGGAUUAAAUGCGGAAGAAUGCGCUCGACUGAACUUGGAAGGCUAUUCGCCGGCUAACUUGAGGUACUUGCAGAACGGUGAUAUUCGACAAGAUGAGCAGGAAGAUGCGGCACGGUUUCAAGCAUGGAAAGCAUGUUUGGGUAUUCUGGGCAUUCCGUUUCUGGACGUGGUUCGAGUGCUGGCGGCAGUUCUAUUACUGGGCAAUGUUCAGUUCGUCGAUGGACAGGGACUGGAAGUUGAGGUGAGUGGUGAGACGGAAUUAAACGCAGUGGCCAACCUGCUAGGAGUGCCACCAGCUCAGCUGUUUCGCGGCCUAACCAUUCGCACUCAUAAUGCACGUGGUCAGCUCAUAAAAUCUGUUUGCGAUGCCAAUAUGUCUAACAUGACACGAGAUUCUCUGGCUAAAGCUCUCUACUGCCGAACGGUGGCGACGAUCGUGCGAAGAGCAAACAGUCUCAAGCGUUUGGGCUCAACUCUGGGAACACUUAGUUCCGAUAGCAACGAAUCAGUACACAACCAAGCAGAAAUUGCAAGUCAACAUGCGUCCACUAUCGGUGGCGGUAACGCCGGAUCAAAGUCGAUGGCCGCAUUGAACAACGCCGUUCGACAUGCUACUGAUGGAUUCAUAGGCAUUCUGGACAUGUUCGGUUUCGAGGAACCACGACCAGCACAGUUGGAACACUUGUGCAUAAAUUUGUGCGCGGAAACAAUGCAACAUUUUUACAACACGCAUAUCUUCAAGAGUUCCGUCGAAUCGUGUCGAGAGGAGGGUAUCAUUUGCGAUGCCGAGGUGGACUAUGUUGAUAAUGUGCCCUGUAUCGAUCUGAUUUCUUCGCUUCGGACGGGUCUAUUGAGUAUGCUAGACGCCGAAUGCUCCGUCCGGGGUACGGCGGAAAGCUACGUGGCCAAGAUUAAGGUGCAGCACAGAAACUCGGCACGUUUGGAACAGAGAGCCUCAGAACCGUAUGAUCCUAGGAUGUUUGCUAUUAGACACUUCGCUGGUCGAGUUGAGUAUGAUACGACUGACUUUUUGGACACAAACAGGGAUGUAGUACCUGACGAUUUGGUUUCGGUCUUUUACAAGCACACUUGUAACUUUGGAUUUGCAACGCAUCUUUUCGGCACCGAACUAAAAGCUCUAUAUGCCCAGGAAAAUGUACCUCGUGGAUUAAGUUUUAGAAUUGCGCCCACAUCCCAUACUGACCUGUUGAAUGGGGAUGAACCAGUUUCAACCCUGACGCAAGAUUUCCACACAAGAUUAGAUAAUUUGCUAAGGACACUUGUACACGCUCGACCUCACUUCGUUCGAUGCAUCCGUAGCAACAUAGCAGAGAAAGCGGGUGGUUUUGACCGCGGCACAGUUGUGCGACAGAUUCGUGCUCUUCAAGUGCUGGAGACAGUGAAUUUGAUGGCUAGUGGUUUCCCACACCGUAUGCGAUUCAAACAGUUUACGGCUAGGUAUCGAAUGUUGGCACCUUUCCGACUGUUGAGGCGCUGUGAGGAGAAAGCCUUGGAAGACUGUAAAUUAAUCUUAGAUUUCGCCUUGGAAAACCCACCCGAAUUAGAUGGAUCAGUGACACUAUCGUGGGCACCCGGCAAGAGACAUAUCUUUCUAAGCGAAGGCAUUAGACAACAUUUGGAAAUGCUGAGGACUGAGGUGCGUAUGAAAAGCGCCACCCUCAUUCAAGCCACGUGGCGUGGGUGGAAUUUGAGAAAGCGGCUGGGCACAAUUCGAAGAUCACACGACAUCAAACUUGUAGGCAGUGGAAUGUUAACUAUAAAUAAAAGUACCGGUAGGUUCAAUUAAUUGUAAUACAUUAAAUAUCUUUCUGAACAAUUGUGACUUUUUUUUGCAGCUACAAGACCCCCAACUGCAACACCAAACACUAAUGCAAAUAAUACCGGUACCGCCACAAGACCUAGGCCACAGCCAAUUGCGGGCACACCACCGCCAGAUCCUAAUGAAAAAUGUGAUUCGAAAAUAAUCGCACAGACUUGCACAUUGUUUGGGUUAGAUUUGGAACGUCCGCCUCCAGUGCCACCGUCUCGUUCGUACACAGUAACUGGAAAUUCUAAGCUCGGUUAUCCACAGACUCGUAUCAUGAAAAUGAACUUUCCGGAGGAUUCUGCCACUUCCACUGUGAGUGAGCAACUACGUAAGGGAGAAGCCGUUACGGUUACCGGAGCUUCACAUCGCCGGGGCCAUCUGAUUGUUGAACACAACGGCAUCAGUUUGCAUGUGCCGUUCCAGUAUAUGGAAUUGGUUAAAAAUUCUACUUCACCAGCACCACCGAAUGCGACUGCUGUUAAUAUUUAACCAAUCGUUUGAUACUCUUGUUCUAUUCUAUGCUGUUAACCAUUGCAUUGCUCCCACGAUCGCUACUAAUACUACUUACUACGGCAGAUUGCAUGCCCUAGUUUUACUGUCCCAAUGUCUUCCAUUCGCAGAAUGCAACUUCAACCACAGGUUUAUUUAAUAACAUCGUAGUUCUGUAAGCAUUCAUCGAUAGCAUUUACUAGAGUAGUCCGUAAGGUCAAUCAGAUACAAUCGUUCAAACAACGUUAUACUUACCAUUUUAUCAUGUAUCUAAUGCAAACGAUAAAAGUACUACAUAUUAGGACUGAUAAAUACUGGUAGGAUAGUUUAUAGGUGUUAGGAAGAUUCUCUUCACAUACUGAUUUAUUACUUAAGUGAACCACACUUUAUAGAAACGUUAAUUCUAUGAGGAUUCAAAAGUGCCAACAUUUUUAUGUAGGAUAUUUACCGAUAGUAAACCGUGAAAAUUGAAUAUUUCGUGUACUGCAUCUGUUCUAGGAAGAGGGUUCAUCUGCAACGUAAUAGAACUAUUCGAAAAAUGUCAGUAAUACCAAUCCAAAACGUUGUCCAACUUUCCUAAAAUUUUAGAAAAAAACAGGAAAAAAACAAUAUGUCGAACUUGCCAUGUAAAUAGCUGAAAUGCAGACGCUUCUCUCGAAGAAGACACAUCUAUUGACGAAAUGCAUCCUACCCCAGCCAUAGUCAUAGAAAGACCAUAUCUGUAAAACUGUUUCUGUUUCAAAUUUAAAGCUUUAUUUUUUCUCAGUUCUGAGACACGUAUUCCGAAAAUUUGAUGCAAAAAUAGAUAAGUAAUUCCUAGAGAGUAACUACAAACAUUUAUGAGUACCAGUGAAAGUUUUUUUUUCGAAAAAUCUACC